GGUUGGAAGGUCCUUAUCCUGGACAAUCACGCUAUGCGCGUGAUAUCUGCCGCGGUAGGCAUGUACGAUAUCAUGGAAAAACGCAUCACGUUGGUGGAGUCCCUCGACAAAAAGAGGGCACCAUUUCCGGACAUGGGCGCCAUUUACUUUCUGGAUCCGAACGCGGACAGCGUCGCCAAGUUGGUAGCCGACUGGAGCGACCCUAGCAACAAGAGAUUGUACGGCAGCGCCGUCUUUCUGUACUUUUUGGGGCGCCUUCCCGAUAAUCUUUUAGCACAGAUCAAGAUGUGCCGUCCGCUUUUGAAGCGUGUCAAGGGACUGAUGGAGAUUAACGUGGACUUUUUGGCGGUUGAAGAGCGCGCCUUUACGUUCGAUAUGCGGCAUGCCUUUCCCUCAUUUUACCUACGUCGUGGCAAUACCCCGAUCGAACUUGACAUCGCCGAGAAGCUGGUUACGGUAUGUGCGACGCUCAACGAGUAUCCACACAUUCGGUACAAGCAGUCGUCGGGUAUCUGCACCAGUCUUGCGUCCGUCUUUCAUCUUAAAAUGGAUGAGUAUGUUUCACAGAAUCCGUCCUGGUGGUAUCACGGCGGACCAGUCAAGAACCAGGCUGCCAAUCGCGAGCGUGGCACGCUCCUGUUGUUGGACCGAGCUGACGAUUGUUUGACACCUUUGAUGCACGACUUUAUUUAUCAAUCAAUGGUGCAAGACUUGCUCAAAAUGGAUGGUGAUCGCAUCACGUUCCAGGCAGAAACUAAGAACGAUCCUUCUCGGACGGAGGCCAAGGAUGUUUUGUUGGACGAUCGUGAUUCUCUCUGGGUCGAGCUUCGCGGAAAGCAUAUUGCCUCAGUUAUUGAGACGCUUUCUGGACGCAUUCGUGAAAUCAUGAAUUCUUCCACGGGUAGCGCGUUUGGAGGCAAAAAACAACAGCAGGGUAACUUGAGUAUUUCUCAAAUGGCGGCUGCCCUAAAGGCCUUGCCAGAGUAUCGAGAAGUUAUGUCAAAACUGUCUCAACACAUGCAUAUUUCCCAUGAGUGUAUGGAGGUUUUCAAACACAAUGGCCUUUACAACCUUAGCGAGCUGGAGCAAACCUUGGCAACCGGGAAGGAUGAGGAUGGACGCACUCCCAAAUUGUCGGACAUCAUGGAGCGGGUGGAACAGGAGCUGCUGAAAAUGCGCGACCCUAAAGCUCGGUUGCGAUUAAUUCUCAUUGCUACUGUUAGUCAAGGAGGUCUUCGCCAGCAGGAUCGUCGACGCCUCAUGGGCGCUGCAGAGCUUUCCCGCAAACAGAUUCGGACUUUGAAUAGUUUGGAGAUCCUGGGUCUGUCUAUUUUUGCUUCGACUGAAAAGAACAGGUUGGUAGGGCGUUUGUCAUCUGGCAGUACCUCCGAUGACGAAUCCGAAUAUGCUGCCAGUCGCUACGUCCCACCACUGAAGCACAUUCUUUCCGAGUUAGUAAACAAUCGACUAAGCUUCGAAGAUUAUCCGAGUAUUCUUCCCAUGCCAGAGAGCAACCCCUCGCUGUCCACUCCGAGCGCCCGUGGCAGCGUGAGAUCUUCUCGUAAAUCUCGUCCUUCUGGGGCCAUCAAUCUUUCCGGAGGUCGGUCGAUUGCGUUCAUGAUGGGAGGAAUGUCCUUUUCGGAAUUGAGAAUUGCUCGAGACGUUAUGGAAAAGGAAAUGCGUGAAGUGAUUGUUGGAUCGACGGCUUUUAUCUCUGCAAAAGAUUUUGUUGAUGAUUUGGCACUUUUGGGUAGAGAUGAGGAGUAA